CCGCUGUGAUAAAUAAAAUUCGACUAGAGUGAUGGACGCCCUGUGAACUGUUUCGAGGCAAUUUUUGACGUACAAUGACUGUGAUAGUUUGCGCAAAAACGGAAACCGAACUUUUAGCCCCUUCGGCCUGAGGUCUGUGACGUGCAUUUAGCGAACCCCCGCAGGAAUUUAGAUAACGGCGCAACGACCUAUCGGACUAGUUCGGGUUUAUCCUAAGUUUGUGGAUUGAUAGUUAGAUCCGGCAGAGCUGCGGGCCCGCCCCUUGCCCACACCCCCGAUGUCCACGGCGGACGCGGCCUGCAGUAGCCCCCACCUGUUCUGGCUCCCCCGCUGUCGCCCCUACCAAAUACCGCCGGCCGUUAUUAUGCGAGAAAAGGACGCCUCGCCCCGGAAAAUGUUAGUCGCCCAGGGCGGCCACUCGUCGCCGAAACAGGCGGCGGUAUAUCCCCUCUCGGUUCGCGUACCGCCGCCGGAAGACGCUCCCUUCGACUUAAGCAGAAACACGAGCCGGUCGUCGCCGGGGCCUCACAUGAGUCCCGCCGGUCGACCUCCUCCCGGACCUCAAGAGCCUCAAGGCGACGAACAACCUCUCGACUUAAGAGUGGAACACAAAAAGCUUAGUUUAAUUAUCAUGAGAAGACAGAUCGAGGACGAAAACCGCAACAUCAUCUCACCCACUCCAAGUACGUCUAGCGAAAAAGACGACGUGGUAGUCGAAGAUCGGACGUCGCCUCUGUCGACGACUUCAGCUCCAAAACCCGCAUUCUCCCCCCAACUCCCCGCGUAUCCCGGCAUGCUGUUUCCGCCCCAACCAAUUCACCCCAUGAUGCUCGAGGCGAUGUACCGCGCGCAAGGCGGAGACAAAGUGCCUCGUCUGCCUUUACCUUAUCCGCAGUCCCCUAACUACCCUCAAAGGUACCCGUUCCUGAGUCCCAACAUGCUCAGUCCUCCUGUGAACAAUGUUCCUUUCGACAUGCUGAGAAACGCGUCGAACACGGCCGCGAACACGCCCAAAGUGUUCGACCCGGCAGCCGGCAAAGUCAAAGACCGAUACGCCUGCAAGUUUUGCGGAAAAGUGUUCCCCAGAUCGGCGAACCUUACUCGACACCUCAGAACCCACACGGGCGAACAACCAUACAAAUGUAGAUACUGCGACCGGAGUUUUAGUAUAUCCAGCAACUUGCAGCGACACGUUAGGAAUAUCCACAACAAAGAGAAACCGUUUAAGUGUCCGCUAUGCGAGAGAUGUUUCGGACAACAGACGAAUUUGGAUCGUCACUUGAAGAAGCACGAGGCUGACGGACCGACGAUCUUGGACGAGAGAAACGUGCAGAGGAGGAGCAUGAACAGGAACCUAAGUGAUGAAUCCUAUUUCGAGGAGAUCCGAUCGUUUAUGGGCAAAGUGACCGACGGAAGACUAUUACAACACCUGCAGCCGCCCAAGAACCUGGCAAACUUCCCGUUACCGCUAGCUUCGAAGCUGUUCGACACGGGAAAGAACAUACCAGAGAACAACAAACCCGACUCUCCCGUCGACGACGUCAAACGCGACUCGUCGUACUUCUCCGACAAAGACAAUUUCUCGUCGAGGUCCUCGACCAGCUCGGAGACAUCACAUAAAGACGAUGAUAACAAUAACGCUAAAACCGAGGACGGCGGCAAGCAAGGCAACGAAGAUAGCAACAAUAAUAAUAAUAGCAGCAACAACGGCAAUACAUGAUCGCAGCUGUGAUAUUCCACUCGGACACCUGAUGGAUGGGUUUAUUUUAACUCAACACUAUAUGAGUGGGUGGGUUUGUAAACUCAAAGGAUUGUUUUCAUCUGUGUCAUCGCGGUUCAUCUGACAUUUCAAAGUUCAAGAUUAAGAGAAAAGAGUAAUUUUUUGACUUACCUUACGGGCUUCUAGAUAGGGUGUCUAACUAAGAUGAAUACGAGUCCUUAUUUUGGUUAUUACUUUUGGUAUGACGGUAACUCAUAGGUGGUUCACAUUUAAAUUGCCUUUAGAACAGUAUAUUUUUAUUUCAAAUAUAGUAAGAUGAUAAAAACUACUUAAAAAUUAUGAAUGGACUGUUACAAUAUAAAACAAUGUUUUUUUUUAAUAAAUCAAAAGCGAAAAUUUUGAAAUUGCAAUUAAAAUUUACGAAACAAAUUGAACCUUGAUUUCAUAAAAAAAGCCUCAGAAUUAUUCUCUUCUACUUACUCUCUAAUUCUGACAAUAAGCUUCAUAUUUGGAUGAUGCAUCCUACAGUGCCAGCGUCCUAGUUCCAGCAUUUCUAGGUCUAAUACUUCUCAGUCCUAUAAAAAUUUAUUUCAUUAGUUUUAAUCCACAACCACAAUUCUCCCCCUUACACAACAAAAAAUAGACCAUGUUUCUAAACCAGAACCAGAUGAAUUUCAUCCAGUUGAUUUGCAAACCUUCCGCGGUAUGUUAUAGGUACAAAAUCUGCGUAAGUUAGAUAAAAACGCGUAGAAAAAAAUGUUGCCUAGCUUUACGGGCAAGACUGACAAAGUAUUUUAUGAGUUUCCGAUGCGAAGGAAUGCAAAAGCCACUGGGAAAGCAAAAGGUUAAACCGGAUAAAUUAAUGAAUGAUUUCGUUAUGCAAUCGGUUAGCUAUCCGAGUUGAAUUAAAUAGUAAACUUGGUAUUUAAGAAUUCGCAUUUAGAUUUAAUUAUUCGAAUGCACAGCCGUCUGUUGAGUGUGUGGUCUUCUUGACGGCUCGGUCACGUUGGGCUAGAUGAUGGACGGGAAUUCCGCAAACAGUUUUGACGGCUCAUUGGCGAGAUGCCGUAAAAAGCAUGCGUGGGUUAAGGAGCACCUUAUUUACGUACCUAACCGGUCGGAUCCUCUGUGACUGUUGAUUUCGAUUUCGCCAUCUGUUAUUUUCCCCUUUUCAACGUUUUCUAUAAUUUACUGAGUUGUAACCAUGAUUGAUGCUUUUCAUUCAAGCAGAUAACUGUUGUUAAUUGUCUUUAAUUGUUGUUCUUUAUCAUUUUCAUGUGUUAAUCGUCUUUCAUUGCUGUUUCUUUACCUUCUCUCUCUGUUAAAGUUUCUGUGAUGUAUCUGGGCAACACAUCUCUCUCUCUCUCUUGUGAGUCCAAAAUUCUAACAAAUAUCGAAUUAUUCAUUUGGUGACCAAUGUAUAAUUGAUUCAAAUAACUAAAAUUAAUACACAUUUGAAAAGAACUUGCCUCUUCAACUCUGUAAUUUCGAAGUUGAACCCUUUGGAAACCGUCUGACAAGUGAAAAGUGUCAGAGCUCAUAUUUUAUGAUAUCAAAAUCCGCCGAACAUAUCAUACAAUAUCCCCAAGAACUUUUCCUUAAUUUGAAAAGCAGUCUGCGAUAAAUCCAGACUGCCUCUCAAAAUAUUUCUUUUUUCUGGGGGAUACCAUCAACACAUCUACCAUGUCGUCUGCUCUAUUGUAGUUCAAUCUUCUAUUUUUAGUUCCUCAUCUGACCAUAACAAAUAUUUUAGUCUUACUUCUUCCUCCAUUUUCCCUCUGUGAGCCAUUACUUAACUAGCUACCUUCACUUUUCCAAUAUUCCCGAUUUUCAUAAAUAUUUUCUCUUAUGUCUUCAAUUCUAUUUGACUAUCGGAUACUAAAUAAUUGACGUAAGUAAUCUUCAACUUGAAAUUCCGAAUGGUAUAUCGGUGCGCUCUCCCCACUUCAAAUAAUUACACGGUAAGCGGCCGAUCUAAUUAAAAAUCCAACGGAAAAAACGACAAAAAUUCUCAUAAAAUUUCAUCCAUCGAGACAGGAAGCAAAGAGACGUCCAUAUUAGGUCUAACAAACGGCAGUACGGACGUUGCAGUAACUAAUUAAGCGUUGCUUCUAAACUGGAGGUUAAACGUGAACGCAAUUACGAGCCUUUAAAGAAUGGAUGAUACAUUAGCAAAGAACUACAAAUUGCUCUACAUCGCGCAUAAAUUAAACUAAAUGGUUCGUUUGUGACCGCUUUUUUCCCCUAUUUUUAGUCGCGACGGCAAUAAAAAUCACUUUCCAAUUAUUUUACGCUCGAUCGGAUCAACUUUCUUCUAUUUAUUAUAGAGCCUUUAUACGCUGGAUUCUUCAACUUUGAUGAAAUGGUUUGUUUUUUUGCCGACAUUGUUAUGGUUUUGUUCCUUUUUGUCGAUCGCCUGUGAAACGUUUAACGCAACGCUUAUGCUUUUUGAUUUUUUUUUGUUAUACCGUUAGGAAGACGCCAGCGAAAGUUACUGUAAGUACGACGACAAAUUGCUACAUAAAAAUAAAAACAAAAAUUACUUUGUUAAUUUAUUUUAAUUGCUCAAAUGAAAGGCACAAUUACCUAUACGAUAUGCUGCGGUAGGUGAAACGCGGCAGUUAUGAUUACACUGCAUACUCGUGUCACUUCUAGCUUCGUUGCAUAUAAUUUCGUCUUUUCCUUCUGCUUUUUAAGUUAUUCUUCGCUUUUUCUCUCGCUUUAUUCCUAUGUUCAACCCCUGUUUCGCAUCGUCGCUUUUUAACCUUAAAUAACCACAAUAUUGUUUUAUAGCGAGUUGUUUAUUUUUAUUUUAACUUCUUUUGCACAUACUCACCUGUGCCUUUCUAACAAUUAUUCUUUUAACUUUAACGCUUACUGUUUUCUACAAGCUCAAUAUUGAUUUGCAUUUAGCUUCUGUUUCACUUUUCGUUUAUUUGCUUUUCUCUUUGUACUAAACUAUUUUCUAAAAAUUGCUUGUCUUAAGUAUGGAUAUAAAUAUGCUUUGGUCGUUGUGUUUUAUUUAUUUCUUCAUUCUUGCUUUAAUUUUGUUACUAUCUUGUUGGAUGUAUUCUUCCUCUUCUUCUUGUACUCAAUUUUGAUUUCAUACCAAUUGCUUAUUUAACUUUAACUGUCCUCUUAGUUGAAUGUUAUUUAUUCUCUCUCUCUC